AUGGCGGCCCACAUCCACGGGAGGAGAAGGAGCUGGCUCAGCGUGUCGCUGCUGCUCUUCGCUCUCGCGGUCUCGCCAGCCUCCAGCCUCAGCGCGGGCGUCCUGCCGGUGCGCGGCGGGCAGCAACCGGCGGUCGCCAUGAUGGCUCGGAAGGUGCUGUACGCGGGCGAGGCGCGCGAGGCGCUGAUGGCUGGGGUGAACAAGGUUGCGGACGCGGUCAAGGUGACCAUCGGUCCGCGGGGGCGUAACGUCGUCAUCCGGCCGACCGGCAAGAUGCCUGCCGUCGUGAACGACGGCGUCACCAUCGCCGGCGAAGUGAACCUCGA